GCUUUCUACAAGAGCGAGCAGUGCUGCGGCUCGCCCAGCCAGGCGCUCUCCGCCACCCCGCCUGGCUGCCCUUACAGCUUCGUGAAGCCCGCUUGCAGCAAGGCGGAGCCUCAGACGCCUCGUGACCUGACGGCGGGCGCGACCGGCAUGAUGACGCCCAAGGCAGCGACCCUGAACGACGCCCAGGCCAACUUCCUACCGCUGGUGAAUGUGCACUUCCACCUGGGCGCUGAGCAUAAGUCAGAGUCCUACAUGAACUCCAGCGAUGCCGAUGCCUAUGAUGCGGCAUCCUCCGGGCGCCGCCUUGCUGAAAACCCACGUCCUGGCUUCAUGUGCGCCACCGAGAACCUGACUGAUGCGCAGAUGGCGCCGUACACCUUUCAGUACUGCAAGGGAGAUGUGCAGGUGGGCAAAUCCUACGAAAUCCACUAUGUGCAUUCCUCUGCGGGAACGGACGUCGAUCCCACGGAUGCCAUCAACGCGGACCUGCUGGCGGACGGCCCCACGGUGAACGACAUGCUGCACGGAUGGACCGUG